AUGAGUCGGCUAGGGUCUUGGUUUCGGGGUUCUACUCCCGCCUCGAACCAAACAAGUCCUGCACCCUCUCUAUCAGAUCUUCGCGCUCGGGAGAUAGCUUCGCUCGAAGAUGCGCUAGAUGCCACCGCUUUGAUUAUGAACGAUGACAUCGACGGCGCUGAAGAGAGGCUACGAAAGGGUGAUUCGGCCUUCCACCUCCUCGGAAUGGGAGUUUGUGUUUUUAUGAGGAGUAUUCUUGGAUUCGAAAAAUCCAUUAUGGCUGAAACUGUUACUCGUCUCAACGAGUGUGAGGCCCGCGCCCUCAGUGAGAUGAAGAAGGCUCAAAAAGAAGCCGACGCUGCUGGCAAAGCCGAAGACAGGAUAUAUCCACCGGGAAGCGAGUACGCCUUGAUCAUCGCUUACGCCCAACUCAUGUCUGCCGUCGUCGCCGUUAUGAACGAGAGCUUGACGGAAGCCUUGAAAGGGUUUUACAGGCUGCGGAAAGCCUUCAUUACGCUUGAUAGUCUCGUGCAAGCGGAAACAGCCUAUUUAAAAAAAGAAGGCAUCCACUCAGAUUCUUCCAGCGAUACCGACACAGACCUCGAAUUUGUGGACGCUGACGAAGCUCACCCUGGAGCACAAACGCCUUUGGAUUACGGUGGUCAUCUUACUAAAGAUCUUAAUACAGCAGAGAAGAACUUAAGUCAACUAUCUUUAAACUCCAACGGCACUGCCAAACGAUCAUCUCCUAAACGUAGCUCAGAUGUAUUCACCAACUCGGUUGACAUUUUUGUUCAUAGCGGCGCCAACAUGGCAUACGGAGUCCUCUUGACCCUCCUUACUUUAGUCCCACCGGCAUUUUCUCGCCUACUAUCCAUCAUUGGUUUUAAGGGGGAUCGCGAGCGAGGCUUGCAGUUGUUAUGGCAAAGUUCCGGGUUUAAUAACGUCAACGGAGCUGUAGCAAGUCUCAUGCUGUUCUCGUAUUAUCACGGUCUUCUAAGCGCCGCUGACAUCCUUCCCUUCGAAAGCGACAAUGAAAAGAGUGCCACCGUGGGUUACCCAAAAGCGAGGUGUAUUGCACUACUCGCCCAGAUGCGGGCGAGAUACCCAGAUAGCGGGCUUUGGCGCUAUGAAGAAGGUCGAGUCCUAGCAAAUAGCAAGAACUUGAGGGGUGCUCUCGACGUUUUAAAAAGUAAUACGGAGUCGAAAAUGCGUCAGGUCACGGCGAUCAACAAUUUCGAGAUGGCACUGUGCUCCAUGUUCAUUCACGAUUAUUCCGAUAUGCGCGACAAUUUCCUCCGCUGCAUGGAGAUCAACGACUGGAGUCCUACUUUAUACUACUACAUAGCUGGAUGUGCAGAACUAGAGAAUUACCGAAACGCUUUUCAUAGUAAGGCGAAAGAGUCGGAAAUUCAGUUACAUAAAAAGAAGGCGGAUGAGCUCUUCAGAAAGGGGCCCACGCUAGCUGGCAAGAAGCGCUUCUUAGCCAAGCCGAUGCCGUUCGAGCAGUUCGUAGUUAGAAAGAUGCAGAAGUGGGAAGAGAGAUCUAAAGCAUUGGGAAUAGAUUUGGUGGAUGCUAUCGGGCCCAGCCCGUCGGAAGAGAUGACGUACCUUUGGAACGGAAUGAAGAAGAUGCAGCCUUCAGAGCUCGAGUUUUCCAACAGGGUUCUAUCUUGGGACAGGUUGACGGCACCAGCGGAGGCGCGGAAAAAGAUAGAGGCGGAAUUAGACGAGGAAGCAGUACGAAACGUCUGUCGAGCCGCCGUGGCGCGAUCACUGGGCAAUCUCGACGAGGCGCGGGAGUUGCUCGACAGCGUUUUGGCUAUGGAUAGACUCGCAUUUAAAGGUCCUACGAAAGAUGACUACGCGUUGCCCGCGGCUAAUUACGAGAUGGCCGUACUUGCAUGGGUCGAGGUACAGAAACCUGAUCUUCGUAGAGAUAAAGACAAGGGGGACGAGAAAGAGUGGCUACGGGAGAAGAUAGAGGAAUGCCAGGGCUGGCUUGAUAAAGUGGCUAACUGGGGAACAUUUAUACUAGACGCUCGGAUUGGCAUGCGCGUUCAGACCGGUCUGGAUACCAUAAGCUGGUACAAGAAGCAUCAUGAGUGGGCAAGCGCUUGA